UCAAUAGAACUUAAUCCGAACGAUUCGAUACAACACUAUUGCGGUGUGGAUUUAGGUUUGUUAAACCGGCAAAUUAUUGUGGAAAAUGGCUGAUAAAAAGACAGGCGGCAACAAUGAUGGCAAGGAGAAGCGACGCAAGGAGUCUAUAUUGGAUCUAUCAAAAUACCUAGAGAAGCAAAUACGCGUCAAGUUUGCUGGCGGUCGUGAGGCGUCUGGAAUACUGAAAGGAUACGAUGCACUGCUUAAUUUGGUGCUGGACAACACAGUCGAGUACUUGCGGGACUCCGACGAACCCUACAAACUAACUGAGGAUUCCACACGCAGCUUAGGUCUAGUUGUAUGUCGUGGCACGGCUUUGGUGCUCAUUUGUCCCCAGGACGGCGUCGAAAGUAUCGCCAAUCCAUUCAUAACGCAAUAGGAUAAAGUGCUCAACAUGCCUAGGCUAAGGAACAUUCUAAACUCGGUUUGCAUUCAAUUUAAUUAAUGAAAAUAUGUAUCAUAUAAAUACAAUUUUAAACUAAAC